AAACACACACACACACACACACACAAAAUCAUAUGUAAGUACACAAAUACAGACAUAUGCUCACACCGAGCACUUUGGAAAUCACCUAAAGAGAAAAAUACAGGGAAUAAAGCUAGGGCCCAGACUGCGCGAGUACUGACACAGAAUCCUGAGGGCCUGAAGUGAGGAGGCAGGUUGGUCUGCCAGUUUGCUAGACUCAGAUCCACUGGCCGUGCAGCUAUCCAGUCAUCGGCAGCAGGUGAAGGACUCAUUCACAGAUAGAUUUACUCACACACUGGAUUUUGUCAUUUCUCCCCCGAGCUUUGUGAAUUUUGACAAGAGGUGGGGCAGUGCUGACAUUAUCCACCAAACACCAUGGACCAGGAGGAUGACAAAAACUCUGUGGAUUUCCAUGACAACCCUCCAGCUCCUGACAAUGUAGUAAAAGAGGACGGAGACACUGUCUACUUCAUAUAUGAGGAGGAGGUGGAGGUGGAGGAGAAGGAACCAGAACCUCCACCACCUGUUGUCCGGGUCAAUGACAAACCCCAUAAGUUCAAGGACCACUACUGCAAGAAACCCAAGUUCUGUGACGUCUGCGCUCGCAUGAUAGUUUUAAACAACAAGUUUGCUCUAAGGUGUAAAAACUGCAAGACCAACAUCCACCAUUCAUGUCAGUCCUAUGUCGAGUUCCAGAGAUGCUUUGGCAAAAUUCCACCUGGCUUCAGGAGGGCCUAUAGCUCCCCCCUGUACAGCAGUGACCAACCAGAUCCAAACAACCCAAACCGGAACGACCCCGUCUUUGACACCCUGCGGGUCGGUGUCAUCAUGGCAAACAAGGAGCGCAAAAAGAAUGAAAAUGACAAGAAAAAUAUAAUGAUGAUGGAGGAAGAAGAAGAGGAGAACCAACAGCCCAAAGAGAACGAGGAGGGAGGAGAAGGGAAGCCUGAUGAUAAGAAGGAGAAAGGAGGAGACAAAGCAGAUGAGAAGAGUAAGGGUACAUUCUCCCAUUCCCACUAUUACCUGGCUCUCUACCGCUUCAAGGCCAUAGAGAAAGACGACCUCGACUUCCACCCUGGUGAUCGGAUCACAGUACUGGAUGACUCCAAUGAAGAGUGGUGGAGGGGAAAGAUGGGAGAGAAGACAGGCUACUUCCCCACCAACUACCUCAUAAAAGUGCGUGCGUCUGAAAGAGUUUUCAAGGUGUUGCGCUCCUUUGUAGGGAACAGAGAGAUGGGACAAAUCACACUGAAGAAAGAUCAGAUUGUGGUGAAGAAAGGAGAUGAGAAAGGCGGCUACUUGAAGGUCAGCACUGGACGCAAGCUGGGCUACUUCCCUGCUGAUCUGCUGGAGGAGAUCCCUGCGACAUAAAAAACACAACAUGCAAUGAAAAGAGCCUGCAACACACUUUAAAUAUCAGCACAAACUGGAGACAGUACUUUCUGGGAGAUCCUCCUCAAACAUAUUUACUGAUCUAUUUGUGUCUUUGACCCAAGGUGAAACAUGAGAAAGGAGAGAUUAAUGAUUUGAUAGUUUGAAAAAUAUGAAUAUGUACAUUAAUAAGUGGGUAAGAGACAAUCAGGAGAUGUGUUGGCUUUGUAGUGAAUAGCAUGGUAAUACAAAUGGUCAGAUGCUUUAGUUUACUACCUGCUGAUUAUAACUAGCAGUGAGAAGAGGGAGAGAAAACCUGGAGAGCUUAUCAAAAGGUCAUAAAUCAGGUCAUUAAGUGACAUAGAGGUAGAUCAGAAAUUUAAAAUCAGAAUUUCUGAAUCAAAUAUUUUGACUUAUAUUUUUAACAGGUACAAUAAUACAAGUAUUCUAAUGAUUUUGAACCAUUUUGCAAGGCUCUCUCGGCCCUUUGUAGUUAUAUAAAUCGAGGCUUCAAAGCCAUUUCAACAUGUACAUAGCUUUAUAUUAAGAAAGAAAGUGCAACAGUGCAUAGAUUGAGCUUGCACAUAAUACAAGCAAACGCUUUCAGUAUGUUUCAAAUAUUAAACCUGAAGUGCACUUAGAAA